AUGCCGCGAGAACAUCCAGUCACAGUCUCACCCGAGGAGGUUCGCCGCACUUUGGGUGAUCUUGAAUCGCAGAGAUCCCAGCAGCGCCGUUCCUAUCAGCGACCUUCACCGCUUAUUAGGGUUCCCCACGACGAGAUCCUCCGCGUCUUGCACGAUAUAGACCGCCAGCGCGCUAAAGAACGAAGCCGCCACCCCGAACAACCCAUCCCCGAGACGACCCCGAGAAGAGCAAGCGCCCUCCACUCCACCCCCAACGCAGCCAAAACACUUCCCUACAAGACACACGCAGCCGCCAGCGACUGCAUCACCGAGACGACCUAG